AUGCCUCCCAAAUAUACGCCGACGGCCUCCCUUCUGCGCAGUCUAAGCCAUGCCCUUCGAGAACAACAACCCCUCUCUUCACGCACUGUACGGGCACGACCAGCAGCAACCUUCACCCAUGCUCGGCAUGCCCAAGCCAUUUCAAUCCUACCCACGCUUGUGGACAAGGCCAGUCCAGAAUAUAAAGAAAACUCAAAUCAACUGGCGAGUAUAAUGACCAAGUAUGCGGACUUGCAUCAGAAGGUCUCGCAGGGCGGAUCACAAAAAGCCCGGGACAAGCACAUCCAGCGCGGCAAAAUGUUGGCACGAGAUCGAGUCACAGCUCUCAUAGACCCGGGAACUCCCUUUCUCGAACUCUCUCCUCUAGCAGCACACGAGGUUUACGAGGACCAGGUCCCGGCCGCAGGCAUGGUCGCUGGAAUCGGCACAGUCGAAGGGGUGACGUGCAUGAUUGUUGCCAACGACGCAACGGUAAAAGGCGGCACAUACUAUCCUCUGACUGUGAAGAAACAUCUCCGAGCACAAGAGAUUGCUCAACAGAACCGACUGCCCUGCAUCUACCUCGUCGACUCUGGUGGUGCCAACCUACCCAACCAGGCCAAUGUCUUUCCGGACCGCGACCACUUCGGUCGCAUCUUCUUCAAUCAAGCACGGAUGAGCAGCAUGGGCAUUCCCCAGAUUGCCGUCGUCAUGGGCCCUUGCACCGCAGGCGGUGCAUAUGUCCCUGCAAUGUGCGACGAGUCCAUAAUUGUCCAGAACCAAGGUACCAUCUUUCUCGCCGGCCCACCUCUCGUCAAAGCAGCAACUGGCGAAGUGGUGUCCGCCGAAGACCUUGGUGGCGGCCAGCUGCACAGCAGUGUCUCGGGUGUGACGGACUACCUCGCUGUUGACGACGCGCACGCCAUUGUGCUUGCUCGACGGUCCGUCUCAAAUCUGAACUACCCCAAAGACCAGCCUGCGCCGGCCGAGGUUCGGGAGCCGCUCUACGAUCCCGAAGAACUGCCUGGCAUCGUGGGCACCAAUCUGAGAAAGCAAAUUCCCAUGCACGAGAUCAUCGCACGUGUCGUGGAUGGCAGUGAGUUUGCCGAGUUCAAAAAGGACUACGGGUCCACGCUGAUCACCGGCUUUGCACACAUCUACGGCUACCAGGUUGGGAUCGUGGCGAACAACGGGAUUUUGUUUUCCGAGUCAUCGCUCAAAGGUGCUCAUUUCAUCGAGCUGUGCUGCCAGCGCAACAUCCCGCUGGUGUUUCUACAGAACAUCUCCGGGUUCAUGGUCGGCGCCGAUGCCGAAAAGGGCGGCAUUGCAAAGAACGGGGCCAAGCUCGUCACGGCCGUUGCGUGCGCCGACGUGCCCAAGUUCACCGUCGUAGUCGGGUCGAGUGCCGGCGCCGGCAACUAUGGCAUGUGCGGCCGCGCCUACAGCCCUCGGUUCCUGUGGAUGUGGCCGAACGCAAAGAUUGGCGUCAUGGGCCCAGACCAGCUCACGGCCGUCAUGGAGACGGUAGGCAAGUCUGUCGACCCGGAACUGCGGGACCGGAUCGAGCGCGAGAGCGAUGCGGCCUUUUCGUCUGCGAGGCUCUGGGACGACGGAGUCAUCCCGCCUGCACAAACGAGGCACGUGCUGGGCAUGGGUUUGAAAGCUGCACUGGGAGGAAGGACGGAGAAGAGUAGUACCAAGUUCGGCGUUUUCAGGAUGUAG